AUGCCAUCCAACGAAGGUCUGGGUGCUACUGGCCGCAUGCGUCCUUUCAAGGUGUUGAUUCUCGGAGGCUCUUACGGCGGACUGGGAACCGCUUUGAAUCUCUUAGACCUGUGCAACGGCAGAUCGGCUCGGUUUUCAGCUGCACAAGUCGAGCCUCACGACCAUGGCAAAAUCCCAGUCGAUAUCACAAUUGUAGAUGAGCGUGAUGGCUAUUAUCAUCUUAUCUCAUCACCCUUGGCAUUGGCCUCAGCUACGUUCGCUCCCAAAGUCUGGACGAAGUUUGCCGAAAUCCCUGCUCUGAAGCAUGUCAACUUCGUUCAGGGCUCCGUUAGGACAGUGGACCCCAAGAGCAGAAGAGCGACCGUCUCAGACACGACCACGGGAUCUCUGAGAGAACUAAGCUACGACUUUUUAGUAGCUGCCACGGGCCUCCGACGGGUAUGGCCCGUUGUGCCACAAUCAUUUACCAGAGAGAGCUACCUGGUUGAAACUGACUCUCAGAUCCGCAAAGUUCGAGAUGCACAGGAGGGUGUUGUGGUCAUUGGCGGAGGCGCCGUGGGCAUAGAAAUGGCCGCGGAAAUCAAAAUGGUUAUGCCCGACCAGAAGGUCACAUUGAUACAUUCGAGAGAUAAGCUCUGCUCUGCAGAACCUCUCCCGGACGAAUUCAAAGAGACAUGCCGGACUAAAUUGCACGAGGCUGGAGUUGACACCAUACUGGGCGAGCGUGUUCUUGAGACGGAACAUGUGAGCGAAGACGGUAAAUCCGUCUCGGUUCUCAAACUUUCCAGUGGCAGAGUGAUCAGAGCCGGCGAAGUGAUAUACGCCAUAUCGAGGAGCUCUCCAACAAGUCAGUAUCUUCCACCCACAGCCGUGGAUGAAGAUGGCUACGUUAAGAUCACCCCAUCGUUACACUUCCCUUCAGAAAUAUCGAACUCCCAGUAUCACUUCGCUGUGGGCGAUAUGGCCAAGUGGUCCGGCAUCAAACGAUGCGGAUCUGCAAUGCACCAAGGACAAUACGCCGCACAGAAUAUCCAUCAGUUGAUGCUCGGUGAGACCCAAGGCACAAAGCCCGAGUUUAUGGAAUUGAGUGAGGUGCCGGCCAUGAUGGCUAUAGCAAUUGGGAAGCAGGGAGUUGCCUAUUAUCCCACUGAGGGCACAAAGUCAGGGGAAGAUGUUUUACAGACCUUCUUCGAAGACGAUCUAGGCAACAGGAUAUGCUGGGAUCACAUGCAACUCGGCAAGGAAUUCCCUUGCACAAGUUGA